AUGUCUGUGUUUCUUGUGUUAAAGGACGGGACCUUGCUAGUUGUGGGUCCGCUAGAUCGAGAGACCAGGGAUGUUUAUGAGCUAGUCAUUGUUGCCUCAGAUAAUGGGACACCCCAGAGACAGAACAUCACAACUAUCAGACUGAGUGUCACAGACAUGAAUGACAACACACCAGUGUUCAGUGCCUCCAUCUACUCAAAGAGCAUCCUGGUAAAGGAUGCUGAAGUGGGGGAUGUGGUGUUGACACUUUUGGCAACAGAUAAGGACAUCGGCAACAACUCACUCAUAACUUACAGUUUUUCUGCAGGCAACUUUACUUAUCUAUCCCUGAAUAAUAAGACGGGAGUUGUAACCAUAGCAUCUGACCUUGCUGAUGUCACAGAGGACACGGCUCUUGAUUUCACGGUUAUGGCACAGGAUCACGGACUGCCACCCUUGAAUUCCACAGCUCGUGGUCUGGUCUCCUUGAUGACUGUCAGCCUUAGCGAAGGUGUGGCCUUCGAGAGCCCCUCCUACAACUUCAGCGUUGCCGAAAACCAGCCGGAAGGGGCCGCGGUGGGGGUGGUGAAGGCGUCGCCUGGCAGCAGCCUCUAUGACAUCUCUUACGUCCUCAUGACACACACUGACCUGUUUACCAUAGACCCUCGGGGAGCGCUCCUCACGAAAGAGACGCUCGACAAGGAAAGCCAGGAUUGGUACAUCCUGGAAGUGAAAGCAGUAGACACGAGGAUUCCCCCUACCUCUGCAGUUGCAUUGGUUAGGGUGGAGGUUGAGAAUGUGAACGAGGCCCCAAAGUUUAUUGAUGGAAUCUACCAAGCAAAGAUCUUCAGCAUUGCCCCAUACAAGUAUCCUGUGGUACAGGUUAAGGCCACAGACCCUGACAGUGGUGACAGUGAGCAUCUGCAGUACAGUAUCUCAGAGCCCAGUUCCUACUUUGACGUGGACCCCUCCACUGGUCAAGUGUAUGUGGUGUCAGCGGUGGGACUGGCAGGUCAGACAACCACUUUGACCAUGAAGGCUACAGACCCUUUGGGCCUACAGGCCACAGCGAUGGUCCAGGUGGACGUCCAGGGAAGUGCCAGCAGUGACGUAGUGGUCAUCUCUCUCAACCGAGCCGCCAACGUAGUGGAGAAGAACAUCCCUGAGAUGGAAGAGUCUUUGGGGAGAGCGCUGGGCUGGACCGUGAGGGUCAUCAGGGUCUCCAACUCUAACAAAGGAGAGGCUGAAUCAAGAACAUUGAGGAACAACAUCAAGACGUUUGUUAGCAUAAUUGCCACAGAUGUUGACAAAGUCAUCCCUGCUGAGGGAAUGAAAAAGAAGCUGCAAAGUGAAAGUGCUACUGUGAAGACAGAACUUGAGAAGGUGUUUGGGACGGGGCUCGAGUAUGAAGUGCAGGAAGAUCCAGAGGAAACGUCUGAUAACCAAGCCACCGUCAUCGCCCUGGGAGUCCUUCUGGGACUGAGCAUGCUGGGAUUGCUUCUGAUGGGGUUCAUAAGGACGAAAAGAAAUGCAGAGGAUUCAGACAGGGAGAGCUUUGCCAUUGACAAUCAAAGUUAUAUAAACCAAGACAGAAAGACUUCAGGAAAUUUUAACCUGGGUUGGAGAUCACAUGGCAUUGAAAAGAAGGCUGAGCCCGAGCCUGACAGCCAGAACAAGGAUAGCAACAGUGACGACAAUCAGGAUUCAAACAAUCAAAGUUAUAGGUGUGUGAAAAACAAAAAAGAGAAAGAAAAUCGGAGGCGCUCUAACGGAAGCAUGGAAUCCCCAAUUCACUUCAAGUCUUCCACAUAAAUAUAAGAAACACUGCCCCCAAUUAUUGUCUAAGCUUCUGCACUUUCCUCCAGUUUGAGUUUGAUUGACAGCAGUUUCACAAAACAAGCCAAGGGGGAAGACCCGCAUCACCUAAGGCAUUUGGCUGGAACAGGGUUGCCACAACAUAAAUGGCUGGAGAGUAGUGGGCUGCUCCAAAAUUACAAAUGGACAUUCCACUGGUACUGAACUGUCUGUCUUGCUGAACACCUCUCAGAGGGCCUCAUUCGCUUACACAACAUGUAAUAACAGGGGACAACAUUUCUAUUUUUUUAUUGAUAAAAUCAUACAUAUUGUACUGUUGUAGAAAA